AAACAACCCCUGCUACUGAUUGUCAAUUGCCUUCACGAUAGCUUUUGGAAAACUGUUUGGGGUAAUUUUGGGCAAAAAUAUAAAAGUGCACGCCGAUAUAGCAUACAAGUCAAACAGACAAAAACAUUUGGAUUAAAAAUUAUUGAAUCAAUCACAAACAGUUCCAGGAAAUUUAUUCACAUUUAUACGCAACAUGUUGAUUAAAGUGAAGACAUUAACCGGUAAGGAAAUCGAAAUCGACAUUGAGCCAACAGACAAAGUGGACAGAAUCAAGGAGCGAGUGGAGGAGAAAGAAGGCAUACCACCACAGCAGCAACGACUUAUAUUCUCUGGCAAGCAAAUGAAUGACGACAAAACUGCUGCGGAUUAUAAAGUUCAAGGUGGCUCGGUACUUCAUUUGGUUCUGGCGUUGCGUGGUGGACUCUUCUUAAUUAAGGCAUAGAAAAAAUAUACUAACUUAAAAUUUAAAUAAUUGAAAAGCAUAAAUGUUGUGAAGUUAAAAACAUCGUUUAUUGAGUGUAUGCGCCACAAAAAUCUAAUUUUGAUAGAUACAAUCUCAGUGAAAUGAUGUUUGUACGCGUUUGAAGAAAUAAAAGAAAAAACGAUUUUCUAUUAAAA